GAGCGGACCGAGCGGACCGGGGCACUGCCGGCCGGCCUGGAGCGCGGACGCGGGCUGGCGGGCGUCGGAGCCGGAGCCCGAGCCCGGGCGGCCGGAGCGAUGGAACGGCCGCGGGCCGGGCGGGAGCCGGAGGGUCGGGCGGGGGGCCCCGCGCAGCAGCAGGAUGGCAGCAUCCAAGGAAAACUUGACUUUGAAAUCCGGAUGCGAGAGGGAAUAUGCAAACUCCUUUCACUGAGUACUCAAAAAGACCAACUCUUAGAGGCCGUUAAAAAUCUGAUGGUCUGCAAUGCUCGAAUAACAGCUUAUACAGAAGAGCUACAGAAACUGCAAGAGCAAGUUGGGAAUGGAACAGAAAGACGAUGUAUGGAUUCCAACAGUCAAGAAUGGACUGCUUGCAAAGGAAAGAUUGCACUAUCAGAUAUUCGAAUACCAUUAAUGUGGAAAGACUCUGAUCAUUUCAGUAAUAAAGAAGGAUCACAGCGCUAUGCCAUUUUUUGUUUGUUCAAGAUGGGAGCAGAAAUUUUUGACACCGACAUGGUGAUUGUCAAUAAAACAAUCACUGACAUAUGUUUUGAAAAUCUAACUAUAUUUAAUGAAGCUGGGCCAGACUUUCAGGUAAAGGUGGAGGUCUAUAGUUGUUGUGCUGACGAGUCAUCUCUAGCAAAUGCACGAAAAGCUCUUUCCAAGAGACUGAAAACGUCUUUCAGCAAAGCUUCUGGGAAAAAAAGCAAUUGUAUUUUCCAAGAAGACCUUGAAACUGGCUUUCAUUUCAACCCAGCAAAAUUGGAUGUAAGGUACGGUCUGCUAGCACAUGCCACCCUGACCCUGGGAAAUACUGAUGACAGUUUCAGGACCCAUACUCUUGCUAUUACGGGAAAUGAAGAGUCGUCAUUUUGGCUUCCGUUGUAUGGCAACAUGUGCUGCCGAUUAGUUGCUCAGCCAGCUUGCAUGGCUGAAGAUGCAUUCAAAGGAUUUCUUAAUAAGCAGCUAACUGUGGAUGGCCUAAUUAUCUGGACGAGGCUCUACUGUGUCCUGAGAGGUGGCCAACUCUUCUGCUAUUACAGCCCAGAAGAAAUUGAAGCUAAAAUGAAGCCCACUCUAGUGGUGCCUUUUAACAAGGAAACCAGAAUCCGAGCAAUGGACAAAGAUCCCAAGAAAAGAGCGAAUCGCUUCUUCGUGAUCAACCUUGUGGCUGGGAAGGCAGUCACAGAGACAUUCGCAGCCGAUAGUCUGAAAGAGCUUCAUGACUGGAUGGAUGCUUUCAGGCAGCAUUUUUUUGACCUCAGCCAAUGGAAGCAUUGUUGUGAAGAACUUAUGAAAAUUGAGAUUAUGUCACCACGGAAACCACCUUUGUUCUUGACAAAAGAGGCGACCUCAGUCUACCAUGAUAUGAGCAUUGAUUCCCCAGCGAAACUUGAGAGUUUAACUGAUAUCAUAAAGAAGAAAAUUGAAGAUACUAAUGGGCAGUUCCUCAUCGGUCAGAAGCAAGCAUCGCCCCCGUGGGGUGCAUUCUUUGACGGAACGCAUCAAAUAGUCUUCCAGAAACAUGUUGAGGUGUCUCCAACAAACGAACAGUUAAACCCUAAUGAUGGAAAGCGGAAGAAAAGGCGAGCACCUCUGCCCCCUUCAGAUAAGCCGCCAUAUAGCUUGAAGAGCCAGGCGAAGGAAGACCGGGUGGACAAGGAGAACGUCUGGGAAGAGACGAGCUUCGUGUCUCGGACUUCCUCUUUGGAUCCGCCGUUAUCCAAACCAACGGCUGCACCUCAUCCACUUCUUCCCAGUGGAGAUAAUAGUUUAAUUUGUAAUGAGCUCUUGGCCCCUUCAGGUACGAAACCAGAUGUAGAGGCCAACCCUGUACCUACUCCAGGACAGAAAUCCGUCAAAGACAUUCUCGAUCACAAUCCCAAAUGAAACUCUUGAUGAAUACAUGGCUUAGCAAAAGCCAGUGUUGGUUGCUAUUUGCCAUUGAGGCUUGUUGCUUCAGAGGCAUUGAGAUGUGUUGCUACUUAAUGACUGUGGUAACUAUUCAUAUUACUAUGGAUGGUGAUUUGCAUCAAUGAUUUGUAAUAUUAAUUAGAGGAGAAAACACCUUUUUUAAAGGGGGGAGACAUAUUUAUUUUCUAUGUCUAAUUGUUUCCAUGUAGUUUCCACAACAGAAUUGAAUGAGUCAGAUUCUAAAUGUAGUCUUAGAGUCUGGAAGAGUUAACUUGCACCCAACUCAACACCAGGGUGUAAACUUUGCCCCCAGGGAAAACAGAGCUGAAAAAUUGGGGGUUGUUGGGGAGAGAAUCUCUACUUAUGUUAUUAAGUAUGUGUCAUAUAUUCAUCCUGUGAAUUUUAAUGGGAAUCAAAGUUUGUUUUAAUUCAUAUUUCAAAAGUUUUAUUCAAACCACAAAUUGCCGAAUCCACCCAAGAAAGUUUCUUUAAUAUUCUGGAAUUCUCAUCUGACAUUUCACUGGCUCCAAUUCAGUAUUAGUCACCACUUUAUAGACUUGACCUUUUAAAUUCUUGGGAUAAAUUCUGGAAUCAUAUUGAAUUCUUCAUCUUUAAAAGGAAUUUUUAAUGCACUAUUUAAAAUUGUUUCCUUGAUGAGCCCCGUAGCUGUUUUACCAUUAAUCCCUGAAAGUCAAAUAUAUUCCAGUUUUGGCCUACAGAAAUUAUACAUGACAACAUGUUCUAUGCAUUAUUGAAUAAGAAAUCCACUUUUCUAUAGCCAGUGCUAAUUUCCUAUUGUGUAACACUGGAUUUUCAAACUUUGGUUUGUAAUUGAGUGCUUGGCCAACAUUUUAACAUUUAAUUAGCAGUUGUGUUCAAAGCAGAUGGCAGAUUAGGAAUUCUCAGAAAAGUUGAAUAUGGUAUUAAUUUUCCAUAUUUAACACAGAUAAAUAGCAUUUGUAUUAAACCUGAUCUUCCUUUCUUAGUUAAAGGUUUAUAAUGUGUUGUCUCUGUUAUCUACCUAAAGUCAGAUUCUUACAACAGUGACAUAAUUUCCAUAGGUGGUAAUUUCCAUAGCAACUAAUCAUGGUGACAGAAAUGGGAUUAUGAAUUCAAGGAGAGGAAUAAACAGCAGGAACAGAUGAACACCUUAAAGGAACAAAAAAACCCUUUUCUUGUUACAAUGUUCCUUGUAAGCAAGAACAGAGGGUUGUUUCUUAAAAAAUCUAAUCCAAAUUUCCAAACAAAGCAUUUUCCAUAAGGUGUCAGUAGCAACACUAACCAUCUCAAAUCUUACUGAAUUCUAAAUGUUGUUGGAAGGAGGAAAUAAAAAUACAAGGAUUAAAUUACUGCCCUGUUCUCUAAUCUCUGGGGAUCUUUUUAAAGCUAUUAAAAGCUCCAAAUCUUGGAUCAGGGCUGCAUUAUUACAAUGCAAAGUAAGUGCUGGGCCAAAAUGGUCUCUGUUAAUUUAAUUGGAGCCUUUAUUUUUUAUUUUUUUAUUUUUUUGCCUCAAAAUAUCUAUUGCCAUAAAUGUAAUUUUAUGGGUAGAAUAUGUGUGUGCCUAUAUGCUUAACUGUAUAGGUGAACAUGUAAAAUGAUGCCACUUUGUCCGGUAUCAGGACUUACAUGCACUUUUUUGCGUGGCCAAGAUAUAUAUAAAGAAUGAGAGAGAAUUCCCCAACCACUGGAGAACAAGGAGAGACAAGAUCCUCGAUGAGAAGCCAACCCCGAAUGCUUGGCUAGUGUAAUUUAUGGAAGAUUCUGCCUAUGAAAUCCUAGGAAUAAAACUAACUUCCUUUCUCCAGUCAAAGAAAUUUAUAUUAAUUGCAGUUUUGAUUGCCCUUUUAACAAAUGACAUUGAAAGUCUAAAAGGGAAAUACCAGCAUUGAAAUGUAAAAUAAUUCUUUUUUUAAAAUAGGGCUGUUUUAGAUAGUAUUUUGUGUCAUCUGUUUCUACUUAAUUGUAUAUCUAGACUAUGCCGGAGGCAAAAUGGCUUGUGUCACUGGGAUCGGCCAUUCCCUUUCAUAGUUGGCACCACUUUAUGUCUAACCUCUCUUGAAACUUUUGAAUUCCAUCCUUCUCAUUUCUCAUGUAAAUUACGGCAGGGAGGGAUUUUAGUUUGAUGUGAGUUAAAAGUUCCUGGCUACAAAAAUAAUUUACACACCAGUCAUACCUUUCCUCAGUGGGUGACUUUGAAGGUCUUAGAGAUAGAUGUCUCCAUUAUUUCUCUGACAUUGGACAUGGAUGACCCUGGAGCACUGUACAGUCCUCCCGAUGACCUCUCUGUUACUGAUGGGCUGAUACCAAGAAGAACAUAGGUUCUCUUUAUUGUAAAUUUUUUAUUUUAUGGUAUUCAACUAACAAACAUCAUUUCUCUCUCUCCCUCAACUCCCCUUCUGUGAAAGAGAGAAAGAACUUUUAAGAAAUAUACACAUUCAAACAAAGUAUGUCCUGUAUUGGUCAUAUCCAAAAACGUCUCAUGCUACAUCUUGAAUCAUAACUUCUGUUGUAAAUAAUGUGAACAAUAAUAAUUCUCAUUUGUAUAGCACUUUAAGGUCUGCAAAGUGAU